CUCCAUCUUUUUUGUUCCUCUCACUCGAAGAGACGCCGUGGGGGGAUGGGGGUGGGCGGCGUAAGGACCCUCCACCUCCGGUGCUCGCCCGUGUUCCUUCGCCCUCCUCCUACUCGUUCUCCCCGCCUUCUUCGCAAACUCUUUUCCCCACCGAUAACCCUCCAAAAACGGCACUCGCUCUCCUUCCAUUCCGCUGCUUCGCCGGAGCCUCUCUUCUACUCGGUUGAAAAUGGUAAUGCAAACUCUUGUACCAGGUGCACUCCUGGAGUUGUUAAUGACAUUUCAUGCAACAAGCUUCUUCAAGUAGUGCUUGUUUCUCCACAGAUUCCAGGAAAUACAGGAUCCAUUGCCAGAACAUGUGCAGCAUCAGCUGUUGGUCUGCAUCUUGUUGGGCCCUUAGGAUAUACAAUAGAAGAUUCUAAACUAAAGCGUGCUGGAUUGGAUUAUUGGCCAUAUGUGGUUGUUAAAGUACACACCUCUUGGGCCGAGUUUCGAGAAUAUUUCAGACAACAGGAUGGUGAAAAACGGCUUUUAGCAUUCACCAAGAGAGGCACACAGAUCCACUCGGAUUUCACCUACAAGCGAGGUGACUGGCUAGUUUUCGGUUCGGAGACUAGCGGACUACCACCUGAAGCUCUGUUUGACUGCAGCGCAGAAGGCCUCGGUGGUGGAACCAUCAGAAUUCCAAUGGUUGAAACAUAUGUCCGCUGCCUGAACCUCUCCGUCAGUGUCGGAAUUGCUCUGUAUGAAGCAUCCAGACAGCUGAACUAUGAGCAGCUUCAGUACCCGCUCUCGAGUGAGGAUGAGAGCCAACGAUUAUUCUCGUCGGAAGAUAUUUUUGGCUAGUGUGGAGGGAGGGCUCAUGUUAUGGAUGUCUAAAACCUUGUGUGUUAAUUCCAUGUAGCUAGUAGGAACAAAGAUUCGAACCAGCAGAUAUGUUGCUGGAAAAUUUUUGCCGACUUGCUUCAAGAUGAAGAAGAUGGCAUAUGACCGGCACAGCCACAUCACCUUGCCAUGCAUUGCUGGAAAAGUAAAUGAUUGGAAAUGUAUACCUUGACAUAUAUUUCCUUUUUCUUGCUGAAGAAUGUACCAAUUUGACUUUCCA